CUCUCUCAAGCUCCUCUUGCCACCCCUGACACUCCACAACAGCAGCCACUGACCGGCCUCAGGCUCUGCUGCCACAGCCCCUUGGCCAGCACAGCUCUGCUCCCCAGCUCGCAGCAUGGAAGCUUGUCACUCUUCCCAGCAAUCCAAUGUCACUUCAUAUGGGGUCAUGUCUUUGGCCAUCAUCUCCCUGGAGGUGUUUGCUAGCGUGUGGAUAAAUGCCUUUCUUGUUUGUGUGCUUUGCAUUGCCUGGGUCAAAAAGAAAACCCUGAACUCUAAUGAGAAGAUCUUGCUGCUGCUGGGGUGCUCCAGGAUUUCCUUUUUGUGCUUCUCAUGGGUAAACUACUUCCUUUCAAUAAUUUAUCCCAAUUGCCUUUAUGUUUGCCCGAUAUUUCAAGUACUUGCAUCUUCCUCAACCUUUUUUAAUUAUUCCAGUUUGUGGGUUUCAGCCUGUCUUUGUUGUUUCUACUGCAUAAAAAUUGCCAAUUUCAGGAACAGGUUCUUCAUCUACCUGAAAGUAAAAAUUGACAGGAUGGUGCCCUGGCUCUUGUUGGGGUCAGGGAUUUUAGCCUUGGCAAGUUGCAUUGUUAUCUAUGACAUCACUGAAACUCUGCAGAGUAGCAACUUCACUUUCACCUUCCAAGAAAAUUUUUGGGAAGCAAGAAUCACAAUGGAUAAACAUUUUUUCUCAUCUUUUUUUCUCGCUGGCUUUGGAUAUGCUGCUUCAUUCACGGCAGUCAUCUUUUCUGCUGUUUUCCUUCUCUUUUCUCUCUGGAGACACAAGCACAAGAUGCAGACAAACUCCAUGAAGGACCUCAGCAUGGAUGCCCACAUCAGAGCCAUGAAAUCUAUUCUCUCCUUCUUAGUGAUGUACAGCAUCAACUUUGUAUGUUUGAUCUUGUCAAUAAUUUAUUCCAUGAUGAAUGAAAAUACCACUAUACUUAUAUCCAUAUAUCUGUGUGCUUUUCCAGGUAUUCAUUCCCUUAUUCUGAUUUUCAGCAAUCCCAAGCUAGAAAAGGCACUGCUGAAGAUUCUCUCCUAUGUGAAGUGCAAGUUUUUCACAAAGUAGGAACUGUGAUAAAAGCUGGAGCCCAUGCAAAAUGUUGAUCUUUCACUGUAGAAAACAAGUAAUUGAAUUUCUGAUGCAGCUCUCCAGGCAGUGUAGAUGAUACUGAUGAUCAGUCUUCAACAUCCAAGUUAAUAAAACUUCAUUCAUAU